AUGCUGAUUCCUCGGACCAUUUUUUUCCUGGCACUGCUUGCACUUGCCAGGACUAAUCCCGCGGAAAGGAAAAACGCAGCUAUUUGUGAAUUUUUCCAUCACGUUCAGGCAUUCCAAGAUGAUCAAUGGGAAGAUUCUGUGACUCUGAUGAAGAGACUUCUGGGGGAAAUGAUUACAGCUCUAUUGCCGUAUCCCGAGUAUGCAGAAUACAAGGAAAGCAUGCAGGCCUAUCUGGAUCGGGGAAAGAGUAUCGUUAAAUCGAGUUCAGUGCAAGAAAAGAUGGCUUACUUUCAAGGAUUUAAUGAAGGCGGUGAUAAGCCCAUGCUAACAGGAUCACCAGCCAAGAAAAAAGAGCUCACUAGACCCCUAAAUAACUUCCAAACGAACAUGAUUUUUAAUGUGUUAACUGAGUUCCACAAAAAGCUUAUCAAGGCGGCAGACGAUAUGGAAAGAGUUGUACGCCUUUCAGAUAACUCCUCAAUGGGGGAACUAUUUAGACUUAUUGAUCAAUAUCGGAAAGAGGGCUUGGGAAGUUUGACUGAAAACAUUGCCUCUCGUAUUCUGGCAUUAAAGGAACAAUAUGAAUGUGUUUAA